GAGGGGGAGAAGCCAGAGAGCGUGGACGAGCGAGAGCUGCAACGCCAGUUUGUACUUGGGCGCUUGUACGAGCGCUGUGCCGCUGCCGGCUCGCUCUCUCUCUCUCUCUCUCCAACUCGGUGUACACGUGCUGCCCGCCCGCAAAAAUUGCUCGUUCGAGCGCUCUCUCUCUCUCUCUCUCUCUCUCUCCUCGCUCGCCUCCCCCACCGCCGCCGAAACCGUGUAUCUGCCCCCACCCCGCGGCGUGCUCGCUCUGCAGCACACAGUGCCAGCCCCGAAAGAAGACGGGCAGCGCGCGUGUGUCGCGUCCGUGUUCGUAGCUCGUGUUGGUGAGUGUGUGUGCGCGCCGCGCGAUCGCGCUCUCUCUCUCUCUCUCUCUCUCUCGACAACGUCGAAAAGAAACGACGUUUCGGAGGACGAUAGUCGUGACCGAUCAUAGCUGGCGCACCGAUCGUCGUCGUCUCGCCGUAGCAGCGCUCUUCGUUGCUGCAUCGUCCGCCGCCUUUUCCAAGCUUUUACACGCCAGCCGCCGCCGCUGCACUGCUCCCUCGGCUGCUCUGGCGCGCGCCAACGCUACCUCGCUUCUUUCGGUUCCUCGUCUGUGCGCGGGUUGUCACCUGUAAACUCAGUGAUUGUUAUGUGCGAUCGCGACACGCAGCAGCAUACGCCACAUUGCCACAGUGAACUGCCGAGAAUUCGGUGCGAGACAUAAGGGAGCACGGAUAGUCUUGGAUUUCCUUUUGUGCUACUCUUGCGGCUGGCAAGACACAGCUCCUCUUUGGUUCGGUUGUUUGUUGUGUGUGCAGAGGCAAGUUCGCGGCAGACAGCGAAAGAGAACGGCGCGAGGACCAAAUGCAAUCAUGAUCGCGUAGUGCGCAAUUAUCGCGGCCCUCGAGUGGCCGACGCAUCAUGUCACAGUUCUCCUUCAGGGGAUCGCCAAGUUUACAGUGUCCAGUGACAGCGAGCACCUCGUCGUCGGCGAGUCCGAGCAUCGUCGUCGGCAGCAGCGCGCCCAGUGCCAGCACGUCGCAGAACGCCGGCGGCUCGAGCAGCGCAGCGACGCACCAGCACCCGCACCAUCCCCUGAGCGUGAGAAUGGCGGUGACGAGCAGCGCAGUGGUGAGGCCGCCGGGCGGCUCGCCGACGGCCGUCGCCGGCGCGGAGGCCGCGCAGUCGAGCAGCGGCGGCCCGCCGGCGGCGCCGGUGGCGGCGGGACCACCGACGGCCAGCUCGGCGGCAGCAGCGGGCCGCUGCUGCGACACCGGCCGGCCCAUCUUCACCGACCCGAUCACCGGCCAGACCGUCUGCUCCUGCCAGUACGAGCUUCUCGGCGGCUACCAGAGGCUCGGCGCCUUGCCGACGGCCGCGCUCUCCAUGUACAGCGCGCCCUACGCAGCGGCUGCGGCUGCCGCUGCCAGCGAGGGCAUGGCCGCCUACUUCCCGGGACUAGGCGCCGAGCAAGCGCCGUUCUACACGCCGACGGCUGCAGGCUUGGAGCUGAAGGAAAACCUUGGCGCUGGAACGGCUGCGGCAUGGCCUUACCCGUCGGUUUAUCACCCGUACGACGCGGCAUUCGCGGGCUACCCAUUCAACGGCUACGGCAUGGACUUGAAUGGCGCGAGGCGAAAAAACGCGACGCGCGAGACGACCAGCACGCUGAAAGCCUGGUUGAACGAGCACAAGAAGAAUCCAUAUCCGACUAAAGGCGAGAAAAUCAUGCUCGCCAUCAUUACCAAGAUGACGCUCACGCAGGUGUCCACGUGGUUCGCCAACGCGAGGCGCAGGCUCAAGAAGGAGAACAAAAUGACGUGGGAGCCGAGGAACAGGGUAGAGGAAGAGGACAACAACAACGACGACGACGACAGCGGCAGAAAAAGCGUCGACGAGAAAGAUCGAUUAGACUCGAAGGACUCGGGAACGGGCUCGAGCGAGGACGGCGAGCGUGGCGGCUCGGCGAGCCAUCGACUAGAUCUGCUGCACGCCGGCGGCGGCGGCGGCGGCGGCGCCGCCGGCGGCGUGGCCGACCGCGAGUGGAGCGAGUCCCGAGCGGACAGCGGUCCCGACAGUCCGGAAUGCCUGUACGAGCAGCGCGAGCCGCCGAGGCAUCCGCUGCACAUGCAUCAUCCGGCAUUCAUGAGCACGUCGCCCCACGGCCGACUGACCACCUCGCCGGCGAGCACCAGCACCUCGGCAACCAGCGCGACGACCAAGCCGAGGAUCUGGUCGUUGGCCGACAUGGCGAGCAAGGACGGCGACUCGACGAGUCCGAACGCCGGCAGCGUGCUUGGCUCGCCGUACGGCGGCAGCAACAACGGCGGCGGCAAGAUCGUCAGUCCACUCGCCAGCCGGCUGCCGCACCCCCUGCACCCGGCGAUGCACCCGGCCAGCCAGUUCGUCAGGCCCCAUCCGGACUUCUAUCGCAAUUUCUACGCCGCACCGCACUUGGCCUCCGGUGACAUGUCGCUGCUGGAGACCUAUCAGAGGACGUUCGGCGUCAUGCCGCCGGCCAGCGCCCCCAGUCUACUGGCGUCGUCGUCGUCGCUGCCGAAAGCGUUCAACGGCUCGGCGGUGCAGGCACCGGUGCUGACGACCGUCUCGCCAUCGUCCUCGUCGACGGCCUCGUCCAAUGGCUCGCCGAACCCUGGACUCGCGGAGCUCAAGUCGCCUGGCCGCGUCUGAUGAUCCACCUAGACGCUCCGAUCGACAGAGACGGACGACCGAUAAGCUUUUUACACAAGCCUAAGCGGCGGCGCGCUGACAAUAACGAAAGACUUGUAAAUAGGCCGACAAAUGAGAGACAAAUUAAUGAAAGGAACAAGUUUACAAAGCGACACGUGAUAAUAAAACACAUCGACCGACUCGCGGUUCUGUCCUCGUCUAAUCUCCUUCUCGUUCUCUAUCUCUCACGUUUUUUUUCUUUUUUCCUCGCUCGCGCGCGCAACUGUAUUAUUCCUCGUCCGUUUGGGCGCGUUGGCUCACAGACACGAUGGACCUGUCUCUUCUUCGCGCGACGCGUUGCAGGCUUACUUGUUAGCGCAAGACUGCGUAUAUUGCGAUCUCGCUCUGAAAGCUCUCGAGAUCGUCAAACUUUUUAAAUGGGUGCUACUUACAAGUUUGAUGACCAUUCCUUUGGCUGCGUUUUCGUCGCACACGGGCGACAUCAACAAUGACAAUCUCGAUGAAAAAGACCGCACCACCAUCUCGUGAGUUUUCAGACCUGCUCUAGGUUUUAGGAUCGUGUUCGUUAGUUUAAUUAUUGAAUAUACUUGCGUUGAGAAUUUGUUAUGGCUUGAAAAGAGUUUUGUUGUUUUUUACUUCGUCAUUGGAGUUUAUGUGAAGAGUUCGACUGCAGAUUCUCGACAACAUUUUUUGUGCUGUGAUUUUUGGACAAACGGCACUCUUUUAUAUAUAUAUAAAUAUAUAUGUAUAGCGCUCGUCUCGCGUUCGCAUACAGCAUCUCUCCGUGAGCCAACGAAACACGCGUAAACGUUGAAUGUUCGAACUGCGAAGAUGAGAAUGAGGGGGAUACCUGAUAAUCCGUAGCUGACAGUUUUUAAAGAAAAAAAGGAAUCACGAUAAAUAUUCUCCAUUUAGGCGAA